AUGUCAUUUUUUAACAACAUUCAAAAUUUUGCAAAUAAUGUUGGACAAUUUGUCGCUAACAAUCAAGAAAUACAAAAAGCGGUUGGAGGCGUUCAACACAUUACGAAUAAUGUAGGAGAAUUCGUUGCUAACAACCAAGAAAUACAAAAGGCGGUUGGAAGCGUUCAACACAUUACGAAUAAUGUAGGAGAAUUUGUUGCUAACAAUCAAGAAAUACAAAAAGCAGUUGAAGGUGUUCAGCAUCUUACGAAUAAUGUUGGGCAAUUUGUUGUUAAUAAUCAAGAAAUACAAAAGGCAGUUGAAGGAGUUCAACAUCUUACGAAUGAUGUGGGACAAUUCGUUGUUAACAAUCAAGAAAUAAAAAAAGCAGUAGAAGGAGUUCAACAUUUUACAAAUAACGUAGGGCAAUUUGUUACUAAUCAAGAUAUACCAAGAGUAAUUGAAGAUGUUCAACAAUUUACAAAUAAUGUGGGGCAAUUUGUUGUUAAUAAUCAACCAAAAUUAGAUAUACCAAAAGUAAUUGAGGACGUUCAACAUUUCACAAAUAAUGCGAAGCAAUUUGCUAUUAAUAAUUGGUCAACAUUAGAUGUACCAAAGGUAAUUGACGACGCUCAACACUUUGCAAAUAAUGUUGGGCAAUAUGUUGCUCACAAUCAAAAUGUACAAAAAACAGUUGAAGGCGUUCAACAUUUUACAAAUAAUGUGGAACAAUUUGUUGCAAAUCUUCAGCUAAAAUCAAAUAUGUCAAAAGCGAUCGAUAAUUUUCAACAUGCUGCCAGUAGUGUGAUACAAGCAAAUAAUAUAUCAAAAUCCGAUAUUAUAAAAUGUACUGCAUCUACUGCUAUAGGUUUCGUGCUGCAAAAUAUUAUAGUAUUAAGUCCAUUUGGUGUUUUGUUAUCUAUCGGACUUAAUUUAUUAAUAUAUAGAAUAUCAAUUGAUGCUUUAGAAACAACUGAUGAAAUUAUUGUCGACGAUCAAAUGAUUACAAACCAACAAACGUUGGAUGAAAUUAAUGCCAACGAUCAAGAUUUAAAAAAUCAACAAAAAUCGGAUGAAAAUAUUGUCAACGAUCAAGAUUUUGCAUAUAGCCAAAAUUCGGAUGAAAUCAUUGCCAACGAUCAAGGUUUCUUAAACAAAACAAAACAAUUUAUUGUUGAUUACCGGUCAGAAAUAAUAAUAGCAACAUCAACUACUAUCUGUUACGUAGUACGUUCUCUGAUUUGGUAG